AUGGAGGGAAUUAAGAAGAGGUUUUUGCUUCUGCUUUUGGUUGUUGCUUUAAUGGCUGCUUCCUCUUUUUCUUCUUUGGUCUCUGCAACUCUUCACAAAGUCGGAGGAAACAGUUUCUGGAACCCUGGCGUCAACUACACUGAAUGGGCGAGUCAUGAUCGCUUCAUCGUCGGAGAUUAUCUCUCAUUCAGGUACCAGAAGGGCAUGUACUCCCUAUUCCGGGUCAAUGAGAGUUCAUACAACACCUGCUCUACCCAAGACGCCAUUGCUAACUUGACCACUAGCAGUGGCCGAAUCGUCGUCCUUCUCAACGAUACGGGGCACUAUUACUUUAUCUGUGGAAAUGGCUUCUGCUUUGGAGGAAUGAAGAUGUCUCUUCUGGUCUUAGAGAGAGAAAGUGAAGAAUCACCAUCUCCCUCACCAACCCCAAAUGGGUCCCCAUCUUCUCUCUCUAAAGGAUUGAGCAGAGCUUUUCAGGUGAGUUUUCUUCUGGUGGUUGGCUUCUUGGUUGCUCUCCCCUGGUGAUUUUGAAAUAUGGAAGAAGAUCCCUCUCUCUUGUUGGGUUUUGAAGUGUUCUCUUCAUUUACUAUUAUAGUGUGUGGUUCUUGA